UACAAAAACUAUUUAAUUAGCAAUACCAACAAGAAAAUCCCAACAUAAUUAACCUUUAUAAUCCCAUUUAAUUAAUGCAAAACUCAGUGUGCUUCUCUCUCUCCCCUAUAAAAUUUUUCUUCAUCAACUACAUCUCCAUAGUCGUAUCAUGCACAGCCACAAUUAACCCUUAUAUAUAACAGUAUCCAAUUCUCUCUGAACAAGCCCAAAAAAUAUAAGGAAAUAAAGAACCCCUUAACCAUGGAGUUAUUUACCAAAACCAUGGCAGUUAAGCUCCGUAGCCACCUUGACAAGUACCUGAUCGCCGAUGACGAUGGAGAAACUAUCCGUCAAAGCAGAAACGGGUCGACACGCCAUGCUAGAUGGCUUGUUGAGCGUGUAGAAGGAACAGAAAACUCUAUUCGUCUCAAAACAAUCGAUGGAAGAUACUUGACCGCUUCUGACACACACUUUCUUUUGGGUAUGACUGGUAAAAGGGUAAUCCAAACAAAACCUGAAAAGAUCACAGACUGGAACUUACAGUGGGAGCCAGCAAGGGACGGAUUUCAGGUGAGAUUACAGAGCUGGUGCGGUAAGUUUUUGAGAGCUAACGGUGGAACACCGCCGUGGAGGAACACUGUUACGCAUGAUGAACCGCACACUGGGUCAACUGUGAGGUGGAUUUUAUGGGACGUGGAGGCGGUGGAGACGGAGUCUUUGGCGGAGUAUUUGUCGUCUAUGUCUAGUAUGUCAUCUGUUCCUGAUGAUGUUCUUGAAGCAGCUUCCGAUGAGUAUUUAGGGUCGGAACCUGGUUCGCCAAUUUCGGUUGUGUCUUCUCUUAGAACUCACAGGCUGACCGUUGUUAAGUCUAUGUCUCCAAGGUUGUCCCCAAAGAAGACGAGUUCGAAUCAGUUCAGAUCAGGGAUGGAGUUUUUCCGCAACGCAAAAGCAGUACGUCUGCGUAGCCACCACGAUAAGUACCUCCAUGCAGAGGAAGACGAAGAGACUGUUACCCAAGACAGAAACGGAUCAUCCAGGAACGCUAAGUGGAUUGUCGAAUCUGUCCCCGGAUCCGAUUCUAUAAUCCGCCUUAAGUCCUGCUAUGGCAAGUACCUUACAGCUUCUAAUCAGCCUUUUCUUUUGGGUAUGACUGGUCGUAAAGUGCUCCAGACUUUACCCAGAAGGCUUGAUUCAUCACUUGAAUGGGAACCCAUUAAAGAAUCGGGUCAGGUCAAGCUAAAGACAAGAUAUGCUAACUUCUUGAGAGCUAAUGGUGGAUUGCCACCUUGGAGAAAUUCAGUUACUCAUGAUAUUCCUCAUAGAACUGCUACUCAAGAUUGGGUUCUUUGGGAUGUUGAUAUUGUUGAGAUUCAAGUUAAAUCAUCAAGAACCAAUCAAGAAAAGACCGAGCCGCCACCUGCGAUUCCUCAUUCUGAUUCUUUGGAUUUCGAUGAUUCUAGUUCACCUUCUUCUGUUUCUAUCAAAUCUAGCAACUUUUCGAGACAGGAGUCUAGUGAAUCUAAUGUUAGUUCACCUCCAAAAUCUGAAGGAAGGACUAUAUAUUACCACGUGGCGGAUGAGAGUGGUGAUAUUGAUGAUGAUGUUGUGGAAGCUUAUUACUUCCAUUUUAAAGGAAACGGAGUUGAUGAGUUGACUCAAAAAUUAAGGGAGGAGACUGGUUUACAGGAUAUUGUUGUGUGUUCUCGUAGUCCUUUGAAUGGAAAGCUUUAUCCCCUUCGAUUACAGCUGCCUCCAAAUAAUGCUGAUAUGCAUGUUGUUAUAGUUGAGUCAUCUUCCAAAGCCAGAGACCUUGCAAAAGGAGUCGUGCUAUGAUUAACAAUGGACGGACGGGACAUCACAGUUUGUCUCUCAAAUUGCUUCACUGCAAUAUCUUUUUGUACAUUCUGUUCUUGCCUCUUAUUUAUGUCAGCUGAAUGUGGAACGGGAAACAUAUUAAAUGAAACAGGCAUUUCCCGCUUAUGUCGUAGAAACAGCUAGAAUUUAAAGUAGAAGCUCGUGGUUUUAAGGUAUUGGCACAAGUGAUGUUGCUUCUGCAAAGGGUCAAUUUGGUGCUGAUGCUCCUUACUCCUCAGUCCUUAUCUCAUCAAUAAUGCUCCACAAUUUUACUGUACUUGGAACAUUAUUAUAGCAUAUUUUAUUGAUAGCUUCAUUGAUUUGAAAAUUUGUUGUAAAUUUUUGUUGUAGCAUGUUUGCUUUCCUGAUGUGGUUUCAGAUAUACAAAUCUUUUCGGAUCUUGCCGGACUCGUUCAACUGAUUCUACCUGUAAAAAUAGCCUCACCGAUUUAAAUCUGCAUUUGAAAAGCUUGUAGUUGCAUCGAACUGCAAUAAAGUUAAAACUCUUGCUUUU